AUGCUCUCCAGCGCCCGGGGCGGGAUGCAUCCGGCAAACGCAACCCAUUUCGCCGUGAAGGCUCUUCCCGGAGUCCCAGGCGAAGCUGUAUUCUUCGCAAAUCCCUACAACAACCACCAUGAGUGUGAGGGCCGAUCCCAAAUUUCCCCUCUCUCACCUGACGCUCAGGCCAAAAUCAUUGUGCCUUUGCUAUUGGAGGCAUUCGUCAACCGAUUCGAUGAGCCGGGCGUAAUUCCCCAGAUGGGCAGCAACAUGGAACCAUUCGCGCCGUUCACUUGGAGCACCACCGACGAGAGCCUUGCGCAGGCCGUCUCCCGCAGGUGCCAGGAAAUUGGAAUCAGACGCGAGCUGUGUGAUGUUGCCGUCACUACCGCCGAAGAGCUUCGCAGUGCCGAGGCUUGCUGGACUCGGUGGAGCAAGGCCUUGGUGGAAGCAAUGGCUAUGUUUGAUCUCCCGGAUGACGGUGCUGAGAAUGUCGAGAUGAUCUGUAUGAAUUGUGGGUUUACUCCGUCGAUGGAUAAGCCCCUGCAGCCGUGUUCUCGGUGCUUGCAAGUCUCGUAUUGCUCGAGGGAAUGUCAAACCGCGAACGCUGAGGCUCACGGUCCGGAAUGUGUCCCUGGUAUUGAUUGA